CCCACUCCCGCUGGAAUUUCCCAGGCGGAUACGAAGUCUGGAAAGGAAUGUCAAUCGGUGAAGAAGGAAGGAAGCGCAGUUUCACGCCGUCUUUUGGGCACAUCUUCGGGGAAAAACGGCCCAGAAGUUCCGACGCCCGCCUCCGCCUCCGCCGACUCGGAAGUGAAGACCUCAGUCUAAUUAGUCCAAUUGUUAAUUUACUGGUGUCCUUCUUUCCUCCGACGCCCCUUCGCCGAUAAUUCUUUGUUUAUUUAUUCAACCGACCUGCAAGAAAGGAAUAAAUAUACCAAGAGGGAAAACUAUGUGGGAUGGCGGGUAUAAAGGAAAAACCUUUAAAAGAGGGGUAUCUCCUCAUGCCACAGCAGAGCCUUAAGAAGGUCUGUAUUUAUUUUCAAUUAUUUUAAAAUACAGAUUCAUUUUUAUGCACACCCUGCCUUGCUUCACCAAUUUCACACACCUCUUCAAUUCAAUUCAAUCAUCCAACUCUUCAAAUAAUGAAAUGGCAAAAGAAAUAUGUGAGACUAUUUCAAUUUAGCAACCGUGGAAUCGAACGCCUUGAAAUAUACGAGAACGAAGAUGAUAUAGCAAAACGUUGCACUACGAAGGUCAUCGGGCUGGAAACUUGUAUUAAAAUAUCGUCCGAGCCACAGAAAAAUCAGCCAUUUGCUUUUUCUAUUUUAACAUCGUCAAAUACACAUUACUUCUCUGGGUCGUCCCAUGAGGACAGCCAGGAGUGGUUGUCAGCUUGCCAGGAUGUGGCAUUCGAAGAUAACUUUUCAAGAACGACUAUAGAAGAAGACAAUGAGCUUUACUGCCCCUCUGUAGAUGCUGGGGUGUACAGAGUCAGUUUGGUCAAUUCUGAAGUAUCGCAAAGGUGUAACUUGGCUCCUGGGGAGUACACUCUAGUCGUAGCGUCUGAAGAGCUCCAGCUAAGGCACCAUGACACGCAAAACCUCAUUUACACUUGGCCUUAUAGGUUUAUACGAAGAUAUGGUCAUAAAAGAGGCAGGUUUACAUUUGAAGCCGGGAGGAAAUGUGCGAGUGGGGAAGGCACGUUUGAUCUUGAACAUAAUAACGCUCAAGAAAUUUUCGCUUGCAUGGCUGCAAAAAUGGAAUAUAUUAAGAAGAAGAUGUCCUCGGGAAAUCUGAUGGGAAUGGGCGGCAGUUGCACUAGCGUUGACAGCGAUGAUGCACUCGCUGUUGCUGUAAGCAUGUCCGCGAGGUCGAGGAGCCCGCUCAUACCGUCAUCGUUCACAUCGUUAAGCCCCAGCCUGGUCGUCACCAGCUCACACAUUCCGGCCAAGCCUCCAAGAAAAAUAAACCAACAGACACCUGCACCUCCUCCACUGCCCCCUGCACCUCCGAGGUACGAUACGGUAGAAAUAAGACAGGAGGCGUGGAAGACGCUGGGAACCAAUGAAGCCGUUCACACCGAGCGCCAGUUCACAUCCAAUGCCGUUUUCACAGCCCCUGCUCAUUCAGAUUACGACAAACUCGAUCAUUUCGGCACUGUUUCCAACCAGGAAGUUGACCCUGCAUAUCAAACUAUUUAUAGACAAGACUCUUCAGGCUAUGGUGUCAUACGAAAAGUCAAAACACCAGAACAUAAUAUUUACAACGAAAUGGAAUAUGCAGUAGUCUGCAAGGCUCAUAAAGUUUAAAUCACAUUAUUUCUUAACUUGUUUAAGGUACCAUUUUAUUACUUAUGUACUAAGUACUUCUUUUACGCUUUUAACAAUUCAUAAAUGAUGAAUUUGUUUUAUUCGUUUGUUUUUUCCUAUUCACUUCUUAUUUGUGAUAAAGUUGAGCAGG